CUGGGUCCGCAGGAGGCGCCGGUCCCGCCGCCGCAGGAUUGCUGCGAUAUUGAUGGCGGAAUUUGGCUGCGCCAGCGACGCCGCGAACUCGACUAUAACCUGAUCUUUCUCAGGCUCAUCUCGGGAAGAGACCCGGAAACGGGCGACCGUUGGACCUGGCUGGACCCCGGGUUCGCCGGGGCCCCCCUCAGGUUUGCCGUCCAGGCAGUGGUGGCCACCAUCGUGAUGUUGGCCAUCCUGGCCUUCGUCAACUCCCUGUCCUCCGCCGCCAUUGCGGCGGGUCUCGCCUCCAGUGUCGUUGGCAUGUUCCUCAGCCCCUCCAACCGGACGGCGAGGAUCCGUUCGGUCGUCGGAGGCCACGGCGUGGCCCUCGCGCUGGGCUCCGUGUUCUCCGCCAUCCUGUUCCUGGCCCCGGUCGAUGCAUUUCUGGGCGACCGGACGAUUCUGCUGAACUUCUCCUUGGCUCUCGCGGUCGGCCUCUCCAUGCUGCUGAUGGCCAUCACCAACACCGAGCAUCCACCCGCCGCAGGAACCGCUAUCGGAAUGGCCACCCGCGAGUUUGAUAUCCUGAUUUUCCUGAGCAUAAUCGGGGCAGUGGUCAUGCUCGCAGUGAUCAAGCUGGCCCUCCGUCCCCCAGAUCCGCGACCUGACGUGAGAGCCAUACCAAAGGGCCGGACAAGCCCACCUUUCACAACCAAUCAGAUCGGGACAUAA